AUGGGUAUCUUGGUUAAUAUUUUUCCUUGGGUUUGUUGGUGCAUUUGGACUGCGAGAAACCUUUUGGUUUUUGAGAACAGAACACUCAAUCCUGAUGAGGUUAUCUGCAACGCUUUGCGACUUGCACGGGAAUGGCAAGAGGCGCAACAGAGAGAGCAACAAUCACAGCGGUCACUGGAGACCAAUGGCACCAGGACACAGAACAAUACAUCGACUGGCCUUAAUACUCUGUAUACGGAUGCGGCGUGGAGACUUCAGGACAAAACUGCAGGAUGUAGUUGGGUCCUUCACAACCCAAGCCUGGAAGAGACAAGACAGGGCACGUCGACAGAGCGUUUUGUGGCGUCACCACUGAUGGCCGAGGCACUAGCUGUACGGGAAGCCCUGUUACAGGCCAAGGCUCUUCACCUCACCAAUAUCUGCCUUAAGUCAGAUAACCAGGUGCUUAUCAAAGCACUAUCCUCGAAGCAACAUCCGGUGGAACUCUACGGAAUCAACUUGGAUAUCGAGAAUCUAUCCCUAUCUUUUACAUCUAUUUCUUUUGCUCAUGUACCUAGGAGUUUGAACUCUGUUGCAGAUGCCUUGGCAAAAUCUGCAUUGUACUCCUUGAACUUUUAG